CAGAUUGUCCUUCGAAGAUUAAUGUACUUUUCCCUCAGUGUUUAAUAUCUGUUGACAGUUUGGGUAAUGAUGGCUCAGCUCCAGCAAGGAGGACCAGAUGAAAAAGAGAAGACUACUGCUUUAAAAGAUUUAUUGUCUAGAAUAGACUUGGAUGAACUAAUGAAAAAAGAUGAGCCACCACUUGAAUUUCCUGAUACUCUGGAAGGAUUUGAGUACAUUUUUAAUGAAAAAGGGCAGCUGAGACACAUAAAAACUGGGGAGCCAUUUGUAUUUAACUAUCGUGAAGAUUUGCAUAGAUGGAACCAGAAGCGCUAUGAAGCUCUUGGAGAGAUCAUUACUAAAUACGUUUACGAACUACUGCAGAAAGAAUGCCACUUGAAGAAAGUAACUCUCCCAGUUGAUGCGACCGAGAGUGAACCAAAGAGCUUUAUCUUUAUGAGCGAAGAUGCGUUAACAAAUCCUGACAAGCUGUUGGUCCUAAUUCAUGGUAACGGUGUUGUCAGAGCAGGUCAGUGGGCUAGGAGACUUAUAAUUAAUGAAGAUCUGGACAGUGGCACGCAGAUACCAUAUAUAAAGAGAGCUAUAGAGGAAGGCUAUGGAGUAAUAGUACUGAAUCCCAAUGAGAACUAUAUUGAAGUGGAGAAGACAAAAGCCCAAGUACAGCUGUCUUCUGAUGGCUCAGAUGAACCUGCAGAAAAGAGGGAGAGAAAAGAUAAAAUCCAGAAGGAAACAAAGAAGCGACGUGACUUCUACGAAAAGUAUCGAAAUCCGCAAAAAGAAAAAGAAACUAUGCAGAUGUAUAUUAGA